UGGCAAUCAAGCUGAAAUCGUUCCGUUACAGUUACCCACGAACGACAAGCAGAACAGGAAGGAAAAUGGCACGAGCGUUUAGCGUCAAAAUUGCAGAAGAAGUAAAUAAAGCUCGCAGAUGAUGGCCGUCCCUGUUUCCUCUCUCCGGCGUGCACGUUUUCUCGUUUCGCUGGUUUUCUUCCAGCCGACUCCACAUAAGCCAUGGCUGCAGCAAGAGGGAAUACACACAACUUUCGGCGGCCACCUAUUAUUCGUCGCCGCCCAGCCCAACCGCGUCGACCCGGUUCCGGAGAAGAUCACGACCUACCUGGAGUGGUUUGACAUUGGCCACAAGGACGCUGCGGACCACCUGCAGCACGCGUUUCAAGAAAAUUUGUCGCCGAACUACCUGUAUGCAUUGCAAAAGUAUCGUACUUUGUAGAAAGGCAUUACAAAUUUUCCCAGCAUGAGAACUGGAUUUUGCCAUGCUGUUUUACCUUAAGGACAAGAUUUGUCAUGCAUAGUUGCAAUUAUUAUUAGGAUUAGUACGAGUGCGAUGCUUUUGCACCGCAUAACCUGCAGCUGACCCCGGCGGAGAAGCAGUGCAUUGUGGAGUUUUUCCGCAGCGUCGGCCAGCACGCGGUACAAGCCAUGAAGACCGCGGUCGAAUCACCCCGUUGCGCGUCCCUCCUCACCCUCUCCAGCAUCAAGGACGUCGUCGAGCACGGCGUCGUGCGGCGUCGUAAUGCUGGUGGUGGUCAACAAGCAUCUUCAUCCGGAAGAACUGGUAGCAGCACGAUGGAGCUCGGCCAGGAUCGGCGACACAGCCGGCAUAAGAACAGCAGGGAACAACGCACUGGUACUAGCCAGCAGGUGCGAAAGAGCGGGGUGGGAGAGAGAGAAACUGCGGCGAGCGGUAACAAUAAAGACGAUGGCGAAACCACGUCGGUUGUUAUGGAGAGAGAGCAGCACAUAGCCGAGCACUUCACCACGACGGGGGACGACGGGGCGACGGCGAGUACAGCCGAGAGGAGUACGUCCUCUUACGAAGCAGGAAAAUUAGUGGGGCAGUGGCAAUGGAUUUGGCACGCAUUUAUUUGGUAUGUGGCUACGCAUAAUCAAGAGUCGACACCUCUCUGUUCUUGCACGUUUUGACGGCGUGGCCCUCUUGCGAGAAAGUUUUUUCUUUGUUCGAAAGGCAUUGCUGCGCACUUUAUUUCCGCUCCAUACGGCUUCUACCACGACCACACCCGACCUCAUGGACUUGACGAAAUUUGACGUUUAUGGAAUGAAAAUGGAACACAUCAUCAUCUUUUUGUCCUCUUGUUGUUUCCGACACUUCUAAAUACGACUGUCGAAAAGAAAGAUCAGCAUCUAGAUAAUGGCAGUCUAUCCUGUAACUUGGGUAAGCAACUGCAUAGAUAUAAAAAUUAAUCUUCUCGUGCCGUCCUCGUGCCAGCAAAGAUAAAUUGAUUGUUGAAAACAGCAAGCGUCUAAUGAAAACAGCAAGCGUCUAAUACGUUGUUUCCAGCUGUUCACUCAUUCGCAUAACCCAUUCGGCUACCCGCUUCCGCCGAACGAGAAGGACAUGAAUUUUGACAACCACGGCCCGCAAUCGGUCGAGCAGUUUCUACAGCGCACCGCCCUGUAUUUCCACCUGAACGGGUAUGGAAGCGUCAGGAUCGAAAUCAACAAAAUCGAAAUAAUUUGUGAUGCAUAAAAUCGAUACCAGUUGGAGCCUCAGUUUCGAAGUGGCGCAUGACAAAUUUCGGGAGCACCAAAAUCCAGGCUGUCAUGCUGUUUCGGCAAAGAAGACUGCUCCUGUCAUGGUACUCCAGCAGCGCAUCGCCUUCCCCUAAACAGGCUUGCAAUCGGUCUCAUUUGCCUGCUCCCCAACACAGGCCUUACGUGCUCUACAUUUUAUGCAUUACAAAUUUUUCGACUUUGUCGACUUCGAUCCUGACACCCCCAUAACGGGACCGAUUUGAGUGGGGUCACGUGGUACGACAAGCGUAUGGUGGACCUGUGGGUCACCGACACCGAGAACUGGUGCAAACUGGAAAUCGCCAAGGUCUACAGCGUAUCAAAUGCAAAAAUGUCUGGGUCUGGAAGGUGGAAACUUGUCAUGGUCAAUCUGAAGCAUGCAAAAAUCUGUGUUGCAUGAGUGCCAAAAGCUGUCCACUUUUGACCAAAUUGGAAGGGAGCUUCUCAUGCAGGAUGGGCAUGGCAGAGACCUCCCAAAGUCUGUCAUGCUAAGUCCCGCUUCCCAGACCUCAUGAGUCAUGGAAAAUCUGCAUGACAAGUUUACACUUUUCCAGACCCAGACAUUUUUGCACUUGAUACAGCGGUACCAAGGGGUUCAAGGUGCUAGACACGCAACUCACGCUCGAGCACGGGUUGCUCAAUGUCGAAAAACCCCCCACUGGGAAAUGCUACGUGCAGUAUCGAUAUUUGUUUAUUUUUCUGUUGUAGAGUAGGGUAGGUUAUCGAUCGUGGGAGCGGAGGAACGAAAAGGAAAAUCGAAUAGGUAGCGAGAAAUUCACAUCGGACGAGGGCUGCACCUGCAACGCGGUUGAGUAUCCACGUGAGCAGAACCCUGUGGACAAAGUUUGUCCAUCUGCUUUUCAUGUGAAAAUGCACCCUAUCUAAAAAAUAUAAAUCAGGUCCCCCUACAAUCCGCUGAUCUUCAACAUUGUCUUCGAUGCUCGGGUGGCGAUGAUAUGCAAUGCGAUUUAAUCAUGUAAAAAAAACGGGAUAAAAAAUACACUGUCAAGAACAAUGAAUUAGAAAGAUGAGAUCCGUACUGCUACUGCUUUUUUUUCUGCAAGGAUUUUAUUUGUGACGCCGGUUUUCUCUUGCAGUGUGUAGGAGGUCUAGGUCAUGCUAUUGGUUCCGGCCUCACAUGAACAUGACUCCUUUUUGCAUUGUAUACUCGGCGCGGCAGGGUAAGAUGACUUCGCUCGAAAUGGAAAGGAGGGAGAGCAUCGACAAGGAGCUAUGGAAGAGUCCAAAUUAUUUGAUGAGGCAAGGAAGACCUGUACUUCGACUUCCGUAGAGGUGGAUGUAGGGCCUGUAGUCGUAGCCUUUCUAUUCAAGCAGUGAAGUUGCAGCACUUCCACCACGGCUGCUGAUAUUGAAUUUGCCACCAAGCCUUGCUAUACAAAUCCAGCUCAUGAUUGUACUUCUCGAAAGUGUUGCGUAUCCAUCAGCCUUGGCUCAUCACUUUGACUUUUUUCUCUCGAUUUUCCACCCGGCAGGACAUGGCCGAGGAAAAGGCGAUUUUCCAAACGAAAAAGGACAAUUCGUGGCGUUACUACUUUCUGCACGAGCUCGGACCGGAUGUCGUCGUCGCGGUUCUUCUCGCGUUGUUCCUCGAAUUCUGCAUCCUGAAGCCCGCCUACCGCUACUUUUACGGCCAUCACCCGCACGACCACAUCGAUCCACGUACGGGCGAAAUCCACUGGGACAGCUACGAGCACGCGGUCGGACACUACCGCAACAGCGGCGUCGUGAUCCGCGGCUACGUACACGACGAAGCGGAGCGCGAGCUGGCGGCCGCAAACGGGACAAAUAACGGCGGCAACGAAGGUGGAGGAACAGCAGAACAGCGGCCGCCCGGCGUCGCGCCCGCGGGCGGCAGCGAGGACGGCGAGCAGGUGGCGACGGCGGGGGAAGUAGAUGGUAGCAAUAAUGCGCCGCCCCCUCCGGGGGGACCACGAACUGGAGGUCGUCAGAGCGGUGGCCUUGGUACUAUAGGGCCCGGCAAUGUUGCACUUGCGGCGGCUGGUGCUGGUGGUGACAUGCUACCCAUAGACGGCGCGACGCUGGGAGAUGAGCAGAACACGCCGACAGGACGAGCAAACGGUCUGGGAGGUCCGGAAGGAACAAACGGAGCGCCAGGGAGACAGCCGCCAUCAAGUUCCGGGGAAUCAGAAUCGCUGUAGCGGUCGUUGGCUGAUGAUGAUGGUGUUGUGGAGUAAGUACUUGAUAGAGCAGCUUCUGGAAUCAACGAGAUCUGACUUCCUGGUAGGGCUCGAUUCGAUGCUAAUUGCUGCAGAGAUUGCAACAUGACCACGCAUCAGUCAUCAUUUUGGUAUGUUUCGCCUUCGUUUCAUCGCGUGUGUUGACGUUUCGAAGAAGAUUCGCGCAAGGUUUCUGGUGCGAAGAAACAGAAAGAAAAAUCACACAAGGACUAAGAGUGAAGGACCGCUGUGGUCCUCGCCGCUGGGCCGCGGGG